UUGCCCCCCGGGGGUCGCCAGCGCUGCCACUAUGCUUGGGCCUACGAUGACAUCUCUGCCCUCACUGCCUCCAACCUCCUCAAGCGCUACGCCGGGAAAUACUCGGGGGCCCUGGACUCGCCCUACGAGCGCCCGCCCCUGGGCGGCUACGGCGACGCCACCUUUCUCAAUGGCGCCAAGGGGGACCCUGAGUCCUGGCCUGGGCCGGAGCCGCCCUACCCUUUGGCCUCACUCCACGAGGGCCUCCCGGGAAGCAAGCCAGGCGCAGGGGGAGGUUCCGGGGGCCUCGGGAGUUCCCCGGUUGUAGCCGGUAACCUGCCUGAAGCCCUGUAUGCGGGCAAUGCGUGCGGGGGCCCCGGCGGCUACCCGGCACCGGGCUCCUGCGCGCAGUCCAGCGCCACACUGGCCCCGCCGCCCCCGCCCCCGCCCGGGUACGGCCCCUCGGCGCCGCUCUACAACUACCGCGCGGGGGGGGGCUACGCGGCGCAGCCCGGCUACGGCCCCCCGCGCCCCCGACCCCCUGCCUACCCCUCGGGCCUGGCGGCGCCCACGCUGCCCGCGCCCGCGCCGCCCCGGCCCGCGCCCACCUCCUACGGCUUCCAGGCGGCCGUGGCGGGCGCCGAGGCCGGCGUGUCGCUGAAGCGCAAGGCGGCCGAUGAGGGCGCAGAGGACCGCUACCGCAAGUACGUCUACGAGCCCGCCAAGGCCCCCGCGGCCGACGCCACCUCCUACCCCGCCGCGGACAAUGGCGAGUGUCGCGGCAACGGGUUCCGGGCGAAGCCGCCGGGAGCCGCGGAGGAGGCGUCGGGCAAAUACCGUGCGCGGCGCGUGCCUCUCAAGGCUGGCUCCUCCGUCUACGGCCCACAACUUCAGCCUUUUGAGAAAUUCCCGGAGCGGACCCCGGCGCCAACUCCACGAGGAGGCUUCGCAGUGCCGUCGGGGGACUCUCCCAAAGGUGUGGACCCGGGGGCGCUAGAACUGGUGACCAGCAAGAUGGUGGACUGCGGGCCCCCGGUGCAGUGGGCAGACGUGGCAGGCCAGAGCGCGCUCAAGGCGGCGCUGGAGGAGGAGCUGGUGUGGCCCUUGCUGAGGCCGCCCGCUUACCCGGGCAGCCCGCGCCCUCCGAGGACCGUGCUGCUCUUUGGGCCGCGAGGUGCCGGCAAAGCGCUGCUCGGCCGCUGCUUGGCCACACAGCUGGGCGCCACGCUGCUGCGCCUGCGCGGUGCGAGCCUGGCCGCGCCGGGCGCCGCCGAGGGCGCGCGCCUCCUCCAGGCCGCCUUCGCGGCCGCGCGCUGCCGCCCGCCUGCAGUGCUCCUCAUCAGCGAGCUGGAUGCGCUGCUCUGCGCCAGGGACGACGGCGCCAGCGCCCCGCUGCAGGCGCCGCUCCUGGCCUGCCUGGACAGCGGCUGCGGCGCGCGGGCUGACGGCGUGCUAGUCGUGGGCACCACCUCGCGGCCUGCGGUGCUGGACGAGGCGACCCGCCGGCGUUUUACCCUCCGCUUCUACGUGGCGCUGCCCGACAGUCCCGCCCGAGGACAGAUCCUGCAGCGGGCGCUGGCCCAGCAGGGCUGCGCGUUGAGCGAGCGAGAGCUCGCGGCCCUAGUUCAGGGCACCCAGGGCUAUUCUGGGGGCGAGCUGGGACAGCUGUGCCAGCAGGCAGCGGCUGCGGCGGGCCUCCCGGGACUGCAUCCCCUCUCCUACAAGGAUUUGGAGGCGGCGCUAGCCAAGGUGGACCCCAGGGCCUCCCCCACGGAGCUGGACGCGUUCGUGGAGUGGGACAAAAUGCACGGCUCCGGACAUUGA